AGGUGACGUAUCGGCUGAGCACGGCGCGUCCAAUGAUCCGGCAGCUGCUGCUACAGUACCUGCUGCCCUGGCUGUACAACAUGGAGCUGGUCGACCCCAACAUACAGCAGAUGAGUCCGCUGGCCAAGUUUCAGUACUUCUGCCAGAACGAGCCGCUAAGCGCGGGUCAACAGCGGCGCGAAGGCUGGGGCUCGGCUGAAGCCACCGAGAUGGUGCUCAACAACCUGCUGUACAUCACGGCCAAGAUCGGGGAUGAUCACCCGAAGGAGAUGGAGGACCUCUGGGCGGCGCUCUGCUCGUGCUGGCCCAACAACCUCAAGAUCAUCCUGCGCAGCCUGUUCAUCCUGUGCGGCAUGGCACCCAACGAGCUGCUGCCUUACGGUCAGCGGGUGGCCGUGUACAUGGCGCGCGCUCGGCCCGACCAGCUGGUGGAGGAGCUGAUGGCCGAGCUGCAGACGGUCGAGUCGAUGAACUGCACCAUCGAGCGCACCGAGACGCCGCCCUUCUUCCGGCUCACAUCGCUACGCAAGACUUCCAACCACUCGGUGACCGAGUGCGGCAGCAGCUGUCAGCAGGAGGCGGCGCCGGCGCCGACCGCCGAGAAAGGCACGCUGCAUACCAAGCGCCAUAGCGGCGAGGAGAUCCUGCGUGACAGCGUGGUGGGGUCGGCGCGUGCCGUCAGCCACGGCGCCGCCAGCUCCGUGCGCAGCAGCUCCACCGUCUCCAGCUCCAGAUCGCAGGACCGCUCUCGGCUGAUCCAGGAGGAGGCGGCCGCCCCCGGCUCGACGCGCUCGCAGGUCCCUGCGGCGGACGACAACUUCAGCGUUCUGCGCGCUCAGACGGAGGACCAACAGCAGCAGCAGCAGCAACAACAACUGCAGCAGCAUCAGGAGCAGCAGCAUCAGCAGCAGCAGGAGCAACAACAACAACAACAACAACAACAACAGGAACAGCAACAGCAACAGCAGCUUCAGCAGCAGCAGCAGCAACAACAGUACAACACGCCUCAGCCGCAUCCGCUGCCCAUGCCGGAGUAUGGCGGCUACUUUGCCCCGCUCUCCAGCUACCUGCCCGACUGCAGCCAGCCGAUCGCCAGCUUCCACAGGUGCAACCUGGCGCUGAUGCUGAUGCAGGACGUGGUGGUGGACGGCCUGGAGUCGCCGUCGCUGGUCUGGCCGCUGCACCUGCCCUUCAUGCUGCAUGUCAUCUUCCUCGGACUCGACAACCCUCGACCGCUCGUGCACGAGAACUGCAAGCAGCUGUUGCUGAACUUGCUGGUGGUCCUUUCGAAGCAUGACGACCACUUGUCUGUGGCGUCUGUGCUCCUGAGCUGCCGCACAGAGCUGCUGGACUAUGGCCUCACCCUGCCGCCGCUGCCCGUCACGCGACGCAACCUCACCGAGAAGGAGCCGAAGAAGGAGUGGGAGGAGGCGGCGAGCUGUGACUCGUCCACCAGCACGGCCGACACCGUGCUGCAGUUCCUGCCGUCAGCGCCGCCCUACGGCACAGACUCUGCCGGCCGCAGCACUCUGACGUCAGCGGUGCCGACCAUCGUGGCGGGCGACGAGAGCGAGCCGGCCUCGCUGGUGUCGAUGACGACGGAGCCGGCGCCGCUGCCGCUGCCGCACCUCUGCCUCACGCUGGCCAGCUUCCUGUCCAGCCGCCGACGCCAGCCGCUCUGGGCGCACGACGACAUCAGUGCCAAGGUGUGGCACAUCCAGUCGGCGGAGCAGCUGUCGGAGCUGCUGGGCCACGUGGUGCGCAUCUUCGGCGAGAGCCUGCCGUCGGCCCGCGUCCAAGAGCGCUGGGCCCAGGUGGCGCUGCACGUGGCGCUCAGCUGCUCGUCCCGACACCUGGCCAGCCGCUCCCUGCAGGUGUUCCGGGCGCUGCGGAUGCCCAUCACGUGCCGCAUGCUCUCCGACAUCCUCUCCCGGCUGGUGGAGACGGUGGCCGAACAGGGCGAGGACAUGCAGGGCUACGUCACUGAGAUCAUGCUGACUCUGGAGUCGGCCGUCGACUGCAUCGACUCCGACUUCCGGCCGAUUGACUUCGUCAAGGACCUGUUCAAGUCGACACCAAACCUGAUCAACAAGGAGCCGCGCCGACCGCACGUGACGGGCUCAGUUGGGCCGGCGUGCGGCACCCAGCUGGCCGGCCACCUCCGCUCCACCAGCUUCUCCACGGGCCAGGCGCCGAGCGCCACCAACAAACAGCCGGCCAGUCCGGCCAGCGACCGAGACGGCCGCCCCGGCCGCGUGCCAGACGCCGGCGCCAGUGGCCGCUCGCCCACCGGGCCGGCCGCCGCCCUGAGCCGCUCCCGCUCGGCCAACAGCCUGAAGCAGAUGUCCGACCCGGACACGGAGGAGAGCAAGCUGGCCGUGCUGGCGCAGCUCUUCUGGCUGGCCGUUUGCCUGCUGGAGUCCGACUUUGAGUACGAGUACCUGCUGGCCAUGCGUCUGCUGGAGAAGGUGCUGUGCAAGCUGUCGCUGGACCGGCCUGACUGCCGGGACCGCGUGGACCGGCUACAGCUGCAGCUGCGCUGGCCCACCUUCCCGGGCGUGCACGCGCUGCUGCUGAAGGGCUGCACCAGCCCGAGCACGUUCGAGCCGGCGCUGACGCUGCUGACGCGCUUCAGCCGGCUCAUGGACGUAUCGGUCGUGGACCCUUCGCUGAGCUCCGGCUUCCCGCUCAGCGUCAUAGCUCUGCUGCCCUAUAUGGUGCACCACUACGAGGACGCCAACCCGCUCUGCAUCCAGAGCGCCGAAAACAUCGCCCAGGUGUGCAUGGAGAAGAGUAAGAAGCUGGACAACCUGGCCACCGUGAUGACGCUGUACUCGCGGCGCACGUUCAGCAAGGAGAGCUUCCAGUGGACCAAGUGUGUUGUCAAGUACCUGAUGGACACGUACACCCACCUCAGUAUCCCGGUGAUGACGUUCCUGGUCGAGGUGCUGGAGAAGGGGCCGCCGUUCGUGCAGCAGCCGAUCCUGAACGUGCUGCACUGCCUGUUGCACUACAUGGACCUGGGCCAGACGGCCAACCAGCCCAUCAACGCCGACCUGCUGCGCUCGAUCGCCCGUUACGCGCAGCAGGGGCAACACUGGCGCGAAGCGCUGCGUAUUCUCAAGCUGGCUGUGACCCAAUGCUCGACGCUGGCGGCGGCGCCGACCAGCGGCCUGGCGCAGGCCGCCGACGGCUCCGGCAUCCACGUGUCGUUCGUCGAGGCCGAGCUGGUGGCCAAGAAAGAGCUGCCUGGCCGCACCAUGGAGUUCACGUUCGACGUGUCUCAGACGCCCAUCAUAGGACGACGCGUGACCAAGCCGAGCGCCGAGCCGGCCGCCAAGGAGGAGAGCGCGUCCCCUCGCCGCUCCGUCUCCACCCUGCUGGCGGACGUGACCAGCGGCGGCUGGAAGCGGCCCUGGCUGUCCCAGAGUCGCACGCGCGACCGCCUGCUGAACCUGCUCAUCAGCUGCGGCACGCGAGUCGGCCUGCCCAAGAGUCCGUCGGUGAUCUUCAGCCAGACGUCGGACAUGCUGGAGCGCCAGUCGUCGAUGGCCUCGUCGACGGAGGAGGUGUCCGGCGUGCCGCACGAGUCGGCCGAGUCGCUGGACGAGCACGAGGCGCAGCAGUUCGGCGUCAUCCGCGAGUUCGAUUUCCUCGAGUACGAGCUGGAGAGCCAGGAGGGCGAGAGUCUGGACAACUUUAACUGGGGCGUGCGGCGCCGCUCGCUGGGGAACCUGGAGCCGGAGGAGGCGGCCGCGCCGCCGGCUGACUCGUCGCUGCUCUCGCCGCGCCACCUGGUGCCGGGCAAGACGGUGCUGCAUGACGAGUCGUCGGACGAUGACGGCGGCAGCGUGUCCCCGCUGGACGACGUGGCCUCGUUCGAGUCGGCCUCAUCGGUUGCCGGUGCCACCAUCUUCGCACCGGACAGUCUGCUGGCGCGCGAGCGCCGCUCGUCCGGCUCUUCCCAGUCGUCCAGCACGCCCAGCGAUGGCAGCCACGACAACGCCGCCGACCUGACGCCCUGCAACGCCUCGCCGCGCUUCGGCCACCUGCUGGCCGACUUCGCGGAGGCGGCCGGCGUCCGCCACACGGACAGGGAGCAGGAGUGGCACCGGCAGGUGUCGGCGCUCGUGUCGGACGGCGCGCCACCGGCCGUCGCCGCCUCGGCCGUGCUGCUGCUCUGCAAGCUGCUGGCCGACAUGCAACUAUCGUUCGUGCUGGCGCAGACGGUGGUGUCGACGCUGCGCGAGCUGCGACUGCCGCACGUGUACGCCAGCGGCCAGCUGCUCUCGACGCUGGGCGUGCUGCCGCGCCUGCGCUUCACCUUCCUCGAACUGCAGGAACACCUAGAGGGCUACCAGCAGCGACGCGACCAACUGCUGCGGUGUCUGGACGUGGUGCGGACCACGGUGCCUCUGCAUGGCUCGCUGGACAGCGGUGGACCGCUGGACGAGACUUACAUGGAGCUGUGCCGCACCCUGUAUAAGCUACACUUCCAGCUGCUGCUGCUGAUGGAGGGAUUCGCCAAGACGCUCAGCCUCAUCAGCGUGGACGCGCAGCUGCUGAACGGCGAGCAGCUGACUGCCGCCGUGCGCUUCUACAGGGCACACAGGGGCCAGUUCCCGGCCGAGCUGACGCACGAGGCUGACGACGUCUCCACCGUGAUCGACCUCUUCUGCCACAUCCGCUCCGAGGCGCAGCCUGUCGUCUCGCUCAGCCCCACCACGGCGCUGUGCGCGGCCUGCGCGGCGCUGCAGGAGGCCAGCAUGCAGCUGCUGUCGGCCGUGCGCGGCCUGGAGGGCUGGCAGCGUCAGGAGCGCCGCCGCGCCGACAGCGCCCUCCGCAAGACCGAGUGCUGACCGGCCAGCGCUGCCGGUCCAGACAGAGACAGACAUGCAGCUGCUGUCGGCCGUGCGCGGCCUGGAGGGCUGGCAGCGUCAGGAGCGCUGCCGCGCCGACAGCGCCCUCCACAAGACUGAGUGCUGACCAGCCAGCGCUGCCGGCCCGGUCAGAGA